ACCUCCUUUUAUUUGUAAAAUGUUAGUCUGGGACAGCAUCUACUUUAAAUGAAAAUCAUGGCAAUUUUGCAUUAUCGGUUACUACAUGUACUAUUCAUUUUGUCGCUGGUAUUCGCUGCAUCCGCUUCCAAAUUAAAUGUGCCACGAGUGUUGCUACCAAUUUUUAAUGACUUUUCUACUCAAUUCGUUUUGGAAGCGACCGAGGGUGGCUGUUAUAGAUGGAGUACUACUCGUGCCGAUAUUAUACAGUUGACGCUAAUUGGUGAAAAUAAAGAAUUAACUUGUUCUACCAAAGUUGUAGUUAGUACUAUAACGAGGGAGGCAGCUAGAAAUAUUGCCGUCGUCCUGGCAGAAGAUAUUAAUACAAAACAAAAUUUAAGAUGCGACGUUAUAGUAGAUGUCAUUCAUUCUUUAGCCAUAUCAACAACAACCAAAGAACUCUUUAUGGAAGAGGCUCCAGAAAACUUUGAAGUCAAAGCCUAUGAUGAUCAAGGAAAUGAAUUUUCUUCGUUGGAGAGUAUUGAGUUUGACUGGACCAUUAUACCACUAGGGCCCAAUAAAGAUAAUGUAAUCAGAUAUAUUACCUACAGAGACUCACCUUAUGAAACUCCUCCAGCCAUAGAAGCCUUGGAAAAUCAAAAUAAAAAAGGUUAUUCAAUUUUACUUGAAGGCGUUAAGAGUGGAUCCGCAAAGGUGGCAGUGCGGUUGCCUUAUCCCGAAUACAAACACGUUGCGGCGAACGAGGUGCAACUGAUGAUCGUAGCCAACCUGCUAAUAUCUCCUGCGGAGGUUUAUGUCAUGCCCGGUGAUGUCGUGUCCUUUAAAAUAUUUUUUUUGAACGGCGGUAGAAUGGAAGAAAUAACAUUACCGGACUCGCAGUACUACAUAGAAGCUGAAGAUUCGGAGAUUGCUUCAUCUGUAAAGAACACCGGGAGCGUGACCGCCUUGCAAGAAGGAAAAACUAGGAUCGUCUUAAGGGAUCGAAAUAUCGGUAAAGAUGAUCCAAUGUUGAAACUCCCCGCGGCCACGAUUCACGUGUCCGCACCUGAAUACAUCCUGUUAAAUAUUUUACCCCACAAAAAUUGGGCCGUUUUGAUUGAACAGCGACACGAUAUCAUCGCGGAGGUGUAUUCGAGUACGGACCACAAGCUUUAUCUAGGAGAGGCGGUUCAGGUAUUUAUUGAGGUUACACCGGAGUUUCACGUUCUCGACCGGACAGCAAACGGUACAUGGAUAUCCGGCUAUGGCGUCAAAUCUGGCGUGGCGAGGAUUCAAGCUUCUUUGGAAGGCGUUUUGAAAGGGAAAGAACUCGUUAAAGUGUGGAACCGAAUUAUAGCCAGGACCGACUUGAUGAUAUAUCCUCAGAUAACUAUCGAACCGUCGGAAGUUAUUUUACCAUGGGAUCCCACAACCCGGCCGAAAUACGAUAUAGAUUUAGUUGCCAAAGGCGGGGAUGGGAGAUUUUUAUGGAGCAGCAGUGACAAUUCAGUGGGCAUUGUUAGCCAAUCCGGGCACGUCCGUACGCUUUCGAAUGGGUUUUUCGAAGUGUCUGCAGUAAUGAUGAGAAAUCACGACAACCGACAGUCUGCAAAAGUUAUUAUACUACCCCCAUCUCGUCUCGAGAUUGUCGAGUUUGUAAUGGAAGCGGAAGUUGGGUCACCAGUCUACCUUCAUAUCGCCCUUUACGCAGAAACGUCACUUCCAGAUGGAAAAACAAUCAUGGUACCUUUUACUAGGUGCCAAGAACUUCCAUUUCAAGUAAAGCAAUCGGACGUUAAGUUUAAGCACAACAAAACGGCGGUGUUGGCCCCCAUCGGAAUAUCUUGCGGGAAUAUCGCCAUGGUCGGUUUAAAUGUUGGAACUAGCAAAGUAACCGUGUCGUAUUACCAAGACGGGACAGUGCUGGAAGAUUCGGUUACCAUAAGCGCAUUCCGACCUCUGCAGUUGCUACAACCGAGACGAGAUAUUGUGCUAGCUGUAGGGUCCUCUAUAAAUGUGGUCUAUACCGGGGGACCUAGACCGAUCAUCGGUCGAUCAAGUGAACACCAACGGGUCAUCGUGAGUGAAAAUGAAAGCAUAGUUCAAGCUCAGGACAACACUCCAUUGCAUUCAAUUCCUGGGGAGGACUUUACCGUUGUGCAGGUUCUAUGCCGAAAAAUCGGAGAAACCGAUAUAAAAUUGAUGAUCUCCAACACGCCCAGUUCUGCCAACUGUCAAACCCGAACGAGUACUCUGACGACUAGAGUGGUGUGCGGCAAACCUAGAAAAAUAACCCUGCAACCUCAGCUAAAAAUAGCAGAUACUUCGGCUUGUCCCAUGGACUUGGGAUCUGGCAACGUCAUAGUUCAAUGCACGAAAGUUAUCGACGUCGACGUUGUACUCUUUGACGAAUCAGGCAACAGAUUCUUAAACUUUACGAGUCUCAACUUGCACUGGGCCGUCUAUCCUUUCGAUUCGGGGAUAUUGCUGAGCAAGGACAGCAUUUUUCCCAAAAAUAUCACUUUGGGGACGGUCAUGGUUGCCGAUAAAAGUUUUCAGUCUUUUAUGCCUUAUAUCGAUGUAGGUCAAAUAACGAUUAACGUCACCGCUCUGGGUUAUAUAAAGUCGAUAUUAAAUAAGAAUCUUAUAACGGCAGAGUGGCCGGAAUUUUCGAGCGAAGAAGAUCGAAAUUCCGACCCUCCGGCCAUCACUGCUUCGCUUUCGCUAUUCCUCGUGGAAAACACGGAAUUGUCUUCGAAAUCCUUGACCAUAUUUAAUCAUCCCGGAAACAAAAAAACUAUUCCCGUACUUCAGGGUUCUGGAUUUUUCGAGUUGGCUUUAAGUGCUGAUGACAUUGUUGAUGUAAGAUAUGUAGAAGGCACGAAGGAGUUGGAAAUCACUCCGUUGAAGUCCGGCGAAGUUCUGGUGCAGCUUCUUGACCUUUGUCUCGUAUCUAAACCGGCAACGUUAACGGUAAAUGUCAUUUCGAUUGGCAUCAUUAGGAUUGAUAUGCCUGACAAAGUCGAGAUCGGUAAAUGCAUUCCUUGUAUCGUAAGGCUGUACGAUGAAAACGAUAAUUUAAUGGACAUUCCCGAUUUGGGAAUGAUAGAUUUGAGGCCCGAAUUUGAAGAGAAAAUUGCCAACAUUGAGAGAGCCAAGGAAGACCCCAAAGAACCUUGGGGUAAUGGUGAAAUUCAUUACAUCGUGACAGGGGUGGACGUGGGAGACACAAAACUAAUAUUCAUCGUGUCUGGUAAUGACGAAGACGUUAACAGUGCACCUAUGGAUCUGCAAGUUUUCCAACCAUUGAAAUUGCAUCCUCGCAAUGGUACAAUUUUAAUUGGAUCAUCGGUUCAAUUAAUCAUAAGAGGAGGACCUCAACCAGAUACAAAUAUACAGUUCUUGGCGGUCAAUAACAAAACCGCCAUUGCUUCGGACAAAGGCAUUGUCACGGGCCGAUCAAUUGGUACCACAAAAAUUAAAGCAUGGAGUGUCGGGAUACAUCCAUCUACAGGUCAGAAUAUUGUGUACUCUGAAGAUACUGUCGAAAUUACGGUAGUAGCUCUGCAGGGAGUUAAAAUAGCUGCCCCUCUGUUGAGAUUUAGAGUUGGCGCCACCGUCCCAUUUUGGUGUUUCGGAGUACCAGAUAUUUCACCGGUAGUCUUGGGCACAGCAAUUGAUCCGUCUCUUGUGUUUAGGUGGAGGGUAGAUGAUAAACUUUUGGCUGAUUUGACUGGUAUAUUUUACCCAUUAGGUAUAGAUAUAGGACGACCUGACAGAGUAGUUCUAAAACUAACGGGCUUGCAAGCCGGUUCUACCAGAGUAUUUGUAAAUGUAACGACACCGGGCAUAGUAGCAAACGUAGCUAGUAUGAGUACCAUUAUGUACUCAGCAUUUGUGGAUAUCGAAAUUGUCGAUGAGUUUCACCUUAAUAGACCGGUAAAUAUUCAGGGGUCAUCAUUGCUAAUGGCGCCAUUUUCUCAACUGCAGCUCGAGACUAACAUGGACUCCAUUACUAAAAUUGUUUAUGCUUUACCUAAUAAUCAAGGACCGUCCACUGAAUUAUUAGCCGACAACUCUGUUUAUCAAUCGGAAAAGCAAAUAGUGAGCCUUAGUUCGACGGGCCUGCUAAAAUCUUUUGGAAUCUUCGGUCAUGCCCUGUUGAUUAUUACAUCGAUUGAUGAACACGGUUUGAAACAGUAUAUUAAUAUUGUGGUCGAAGUUAAGCCUAUUCAAUAUAUGAACUUGAAUAUACACGCCUAUUGGCGGAUAAGUUUUAAUAAUCUAAUCACUACUAUACCUUUGGGUACCGAUUUUAUGUUAGUUGCCUCAUAUCAUGACAAUAUUGGAAACACUUUUCAUGCUGGUCCUACCGAUUUGAAAAUCAGAACAAGCAGGUGUGAUUUGAUGAAGGUAACCCAAUUUCCGGAAAACGGCUCUAUUUGGAUAAGUACAAAAAAGCCGGGACAUACCAUGCUGAAGGUGUGGGCUGACGGAAUACAACAAACCACUGACUAUUUGAAAAUUAAUGUCGAACAAUCUGUGAAACCCUUAUUGGAUCAUUUGACAUCGGGCGAUACUAUAUGCCUUUGGACGCCAGUUAUAUCUCAAUAUAAUCUGCCCGGGAGUUGGAAAAGCAGUGAUGGUGGAUUAAUGGACAUCAACCCGGCUCUAGACAUCGGUUUCGUCGGAAAUAAAGUCGGCACCGUGACGCUAGUACACUCGCUCUUACCAUCCGCUCCGAUACACAUACCCGUGUAUCCUGUCAAAGUGAUAGAGUUCUUGACCAAAGAUAAUAUUGUACUUACCAAUGGUGAAAGGGAUUCCGUUAGCAGAUUUAUUUUGGUUCUGCAAAGCGAGAAAAGCGUGGGAGUUAAAACGAACAAUUUGAUACAAGGCUGGAGAUGUCGCCAGGAUAUCAGAAAAAUGGUGCGUCCCCAAGGUUUUAAAUGUUUUAUGGAGUUUUCAAAUAAAUCGGCAAGUAUAGCGCCUCACGAUUUAUUUGCCUUGUCAAACAGUUGGGUCCCUGAAACAGGUCAAUAUGCGUGUAAGAUAAUCAAUUUAAACGUAAACAAUACCAAAGUUGCGUUAUUGAAUACGAAUUUGUCACUUUGGGUUACGACGGAGGAUGAGACCGUUGAAUCGGAAAAGCUCAAUAUCAAGUUUUUACCGGGAGUACAUGUUGAAAAAUAUAUGAGCUUAGAAGAUAGCAGCAAUACCGGCGAAAUGGUAGUCAAAGGACUUCCCGAAGUGUUGGGGCAAAUAUCUGUGCUUCCCGCAGACAGUAGUAUUUUGUAUGUCAGCGAAACCAAGUCAUCAGAUGAUUAUUCGAAAAAGUUCAAAAUUCAAUUAAUCGAUUACCAUUGGAGAUUGGCAAAUAUGGAAGAUGCCAUGGGAAUAAUUGUUCUGUCGCCGAUCACCAAGCAGCACGAGAAGGUCUUGGUGAGGGUGACAACCGAUUCGACUGGUCAAAUGUGCGGAGUCGUUCGCUCACCGAUUUUGAGUUUCAUGCGAAAUUACAAGUACGCCCUGGUUAUGGCGGUCGUCAUGAUUGUCGUAUUCUUGAUGACAUUUUACUUUUAUUCGAAUUACAUGCAGCCCAUAGUCAAUGUGAAUGUUAGUCCCGGCCGCACGGUGCUAGGACCGUCCCCAUCUCCUGGUUUUCCAAGAAACGCGAUCAAUGUAUCGCCCUCGUUGAAUCGCACGUCGCCCAACGUCUCUCCGGGGUCGUGUAAAUUUAAUUGCACGUGCGCGAGACACGCGUCACGUGACCCGAUCUACGGAGACGCGAGCACAUUUUACAACAGCUCGCCGGAGAUCAGGCGAAAUCGGAAGUACAUGUGAGAUGUAAAUAAACUUAAAUUAAUUUUUUCAAGAGAACUGCCAUUUAAUUUAGAAGAUGUCUCAGGUAUCGCCUUCUGUUCGAUGUGUACUAAAUAAACAUUUUUGUUACUUUUUUUUUUUCUAUACCGCGUCAGAAAGCUCAGAUCUAUUAGGGAAUCGGUAAGCGUCGCACACUGGUAUAUUAAUAAUAUACACACACAGGUUUACAGUGAUUUUGAUGUUUGAAAUCAUUUUUUUAGAGCGCUCUGUAUCUUAUAAAUGUUAUUUAUUCGAUGUUAGGCAGGUUUUUUAAAAGAACCGAUUUUUAUGAAAUUAAAUGUCAUUUGGUGGAUAAUAUUAGAUUUCUCUGCAAAGCAACAGAGUUGGCGCAAAAGCGGCAGUGUUACUGUGUUCGCGGCUGUUGUGUUCAUUGUUGCAUAUGUCUAGUGUUCUAGAACGUAUAAAUAUGGAAAGACAUUCUACUAUGUACUAAAAAGCUUAGUUGACCCCGAAAAAAUUUUACUGCCUCCUCUUCACAUGGCGUGAUUAAGCUUCUUAAAGCCCUAGACAAAAAUGUCUGUUUCAAAGUGUUUCAAAUAUUUGUGCAAGAAAUUUCCAGCCAUAUCUGAUGCCAAUAUAAAAGAAGGCAUUUUUGUUGGGCCGCAGCAAGACAAGAAUUUUGAAAACACAAUGACCAAUGUCGAGAAAAAGGCAGAUGGAGCAUAACAAUGAUGGCGAGUUACUGCUAGAUAUUAAAACGGGAUAUGCCCUUAAACACACAGUCGAAUGUCCGGACAACGCAGCUUUCUGGCAAAAAGACGAUUCCACUUCUUUACUGAAUAAAAAAAUAAAUUAUUUUAGAAAUAUCGUCUUUUUUUUCCUUUAAUAUUUGCAAAAAACCUUACGUUUCAGUUAUCAAAAUAAAAAGACCUGUGUAAUAAGUCGUAAUAAUAUUUGUUUACUCUUCGUCAUUAAGAAUUUGUUAUAUAUGACUCAAUGCAAAUCUGAAAUCGAUUCUUAAUUUGUAUGUGUAAAUACUUAAUUUAUAUUUGAUAUGGUGCCCCUUCGACAUAUCAACUCUGUCUCGAUUUAAAAUAGACGAUCAACUUGCAGGUGUAAAACUUUUAUAUUAUUUUCUUCGAAGCGAUCUUUAUGAGUGAUAGUUUUGGAUAGUUUUUAAUUUAUUACUAGUUAAAUUUAAUAUUCAGGGAAAAAAGUAUGAUUUUAACAGAGUAGUUUUCCUGAAUUCAGCUAAUUUUCUAUAUACUUAUUCAUCAUUAAACAUCUAGUUUUAUGGAGAUAAA